AUCAGAGGGAGGGCCUGAAAUUAUCGAUACAUUUUGCUAAUAAUGCUCUGGAUACUGGUCGGAUUGAUAAACAAGACCUAAAUAGUAACAUCUGAUAAAUGUUAAACAUAUGUUCUUUUGGGUGAAACCGGUAAUCAGUGGGGAAAUUAAAGGUUGAUGUACAGUCGUCGGCCGAAGACAGCCGAGGGUUCUCGGGGUAGCGUUCACUGCGGUGACGCUGCGCCACUUUAACUGGGCCCAGUCUGAUACUUAGCCAUCCGGCUAACACUGGCUAGAAGGCGAUGGACCACGUAAAUUUAUGGAACACAUCAGGGAUGGAGUCGCAGAACCUCGUGGACGAUCUAUCGCCAAAGAAGAAUACAGUUCUCAAGCUUAGUAAUGGUCCUGUUGUGGGGUCCCGCAAGCGUCCAUCAGAGGGAAACUAUGAGAAGGAGAAGGAACGCUGCAUCGCUCUGUUUGACCAGUGGUCGGAGGCCGACCAGGUGGAGUUUGUCGAGCGCCUGAUCUCCCGUAUGUGCCACUACCAGCACGGCCACAUUAACUCCUACCUCAAACCCAUGCUGCAGAGGGACUUCAUCACUGCGCUGCCAGCCCAAGGCUUGGAUCACAUAGCGGAGAACAUCCUGUCUUUCCUGGAUGCACGCUCGCUGUGCUCGGCAGAGCUGGUGUGUAAGGAGUGGCAGAGGGUCAUCUCUGAGGGUAUGCUGUGGAAGAAGCUCAUCGAACGCAUGGUCCGCACGGACCCGCUCUGGAAAGGCCUGUCUGAGAGACACCAGUGGGAGAAAUACUUGUUCAAGAAUCGCACGUCAGAAGUCCCACCCAACUCCUACUAUCACUCACUUUAUCCCAAGAUCAUCCAAGACAUAGAGACUAUUGAGGCUAAUUGGCGAUGUGGCAGACACAACUUGCAGAGGAUUCAGUGUCGCUCAGAAAAUAGUAAAGGGGUUUACUGUCUUCAGUACGACGAUGACAAGAUCAUCAGUGGCCUUAGGGACAAUUCCAUCAAGAUCUGGGAUAAGCAGUCUCUGGAGUGUCUGAAGAUACUAACCGGUCACACAGGCUCAGUAUUGUGUCUGCAGUAUGAUGAGAGGGUCAUCGUCACCGGGUCUUCUGACUCAACUGUCAGGGUGUGGGAGGUAAUGACGGGUGAGGUACUGAACACACUGAUCCACCACAACGAGGCAGUUCUUCACCUGCGCUUUGCCAACGGCCUGAUGGUCACCUGCUCCAAGGACCGCUCAAUUGCAGUCUGGGACAUGGCCUCACCCACUGACAUCAGCCUACGUCGGGUCCUGGUGGGACACCGGGCUGCUGUCAACGUGGUUGACUUUGACGACAAAUACAUUGUGUCCGCCUCAGGGGACCGCACCAUUAAGGUAUGGAGCACCAGCACCUGUGAGUUUGUGCGCACUCUAAAUGGUCACAAGCGGGGUAUUGCCUGUCUACAGUACAGAGACCGUCUGGUGGUCAGUGGCUCAUCAGACAACACAAUCCGAUUAUGGGAUAUAGAAUGCGGGGCAUGUUUGCGAGUGCUGGAAGGUCAUGAGGAGUUGGUGCGCUGCAUUCGCUUCGACAACAAGAGGAUUGUAAGCGGCGCCUACGACGGUAAGAUCAAGGUGUGGGACCUGCAGGCAGCCCUUGACCCUCGAGCCCCCGCCAGCACAUUAUGUCUGCGCACUCUAGUGGAGCACUCCGGCCGCGUGUUCCGUCUCCAGUUUGAUGAGUUUCAGAUCAUCAGCAGUUCUCACGACGACACCAUUCUGAUCUGGGACUUCCUGAACGUCUCGACCAAUGGCCAGCCAGAGGGACGGUCUCCCUCCCGCACCUACACUUACAUUUCUAGAUAGCAGGUGGCGCCAUCCACCGCACCCUUCCUUGGAGGAGCCCAGGGCUGAUUGGCUGAUGGGUGCGUCCAUCGUGGAAAGGAGCCCAUCUCUUCUCUUUCCUCCUCGUCAUCUCUCUGUCCACCUCCCACCCAGCCCCCAACAACUCCACCUCCCUGCCCGUUCAGACAGACUCUCAAGCUUGUGCCCAUUGCCUGCCAGUACUGUGACAUCUACACACAGACACGCACAUACACACAGUUCAACACUGAUGAGGAUACCCUACUACAGAACCAAUGCAACUCUCCCAAGAAGUUCACCUUCUACUAUUAAUUUAUGUUUUGUAAAGUACACUAAUGACAGUAUUAACUUAGAUCUUCUAUAAGUCACAGGCUCCCUUUUGUCCCCUUGAUAGAAACUUAAAGCAGCUUCUGCUCCUCAGUUUUCAACCCCUGCCAAGAGUGGUUCCCACAGAUAUGGAAUCCAUUAUAGAUAUAUAUUUUUUUAUAUCUAUAUAUAUAUAUAUUUAUAGAUAUAAAUAGAUAUAUAUAGAUAUAUCUAUAUAUAGAUAUAAUAUACACACACACUCUAUCUCUAUAUUUAUUACGCACACACAUACAUACGCACACAUGCGCGUGCACACAUACACACACACACACACACAAACACAGGCACAGUUGGACAGAGGAUGACCGGAGCUGUGAUGCGGGAGACAGAGACUCUUUACUCAGCUCUAGGAACGGAGGGAAGGAUGGGAGAUGGAGGGAGUGAACGAGGGAGAAAUGUGUCAGGGAUGACUUCCCUGCUCCCUCUCACUCCCUCUCACUCCUCCCUGUCUCUCUCUCCAUCCCCAACCCCCCCUCCCCCCCAACCCCCAGACAUGUACACUUGCGUGGAAUAUGGGGGCGCACACACUCAAGUUUGUGUGAGUGUGUGUUUGUGUAUGUGGACUUGUGAAACGGCAGAACAGAGCAGAAGCGUCAAACAGACAGACAUGCAUGUGAGGUUGCCUUGGAUACAGCAUUCUGGUACACCUCUGCUUUUUUUUCUCUUUAACUCUUACUUUCUUACUGUUUUUAUUACUGUUAUUUUCUAAUUUUAUUUGAGUAUUUUGGUUCUUAGUACAAAAAUCAUACUAGUCCUCUUUCUCUUUCCCUCUCUCUUACUGUCUUUUUCCUCAUUCUUUCUUCUAACUUCGACCCUUGUUCAUCUGUCCCUUUCACUCCAUCUUUCUCUCCCCCAUCAUCUACAUGCUUGCUUUGGUUAUGAGAGAAGCUGGAACUCAAGAGCUCAAAUUUAGCUGUAAACGGAGUUGUCUUGUCAAAAAUUGUGUUGUAUAUUAAAAAUGAUUUUUUAAAGAAGAAAAUGACCUUAUUGUGAAUAAAGUACUUGACAGUGGUGGAGUGUUGAGCCAACUGUAACAUGAA